AUGUGCCAGUCACGUUUCCGCUGCCUAGUCGCCAUGCCACUUAAGGCUAUGACUCAGCUUUGGCAUCAUCCAAGCAGAGACUGGACAUCAGCCUUCUUCGAGCCCGGGUCCACGACGGACCGGUCUGGGGACCUCGUCCUCGGUUGGACAAUGGCCAAGAUACCAUUAGGAGUCAGAAAAAGUGGCUUUCUUCAUUGUACCGCAGACAUUAGCAUCGCUUCGGUCGACUCUAAAUCUGCACACUCACACAGCGGUCUGCCAGGCCGACAGGGUCAGGCCGGAUAUGUGGGCGAGCGCGGUGAUCCAGGCGAGCCGGGAUCACCGGGCGAAGCCGGUCUGAUGGGCAUGAGCGGGGCACACGGACAGACGGGCGAACAGGGUCCACCGGGCGAACGCGUUUCCUCAUCCACCUAUUCUACUCCCUCUUUUUCUUCUUCCACUUUUUCUUCCUCAUCCUCACAUUUUCUACCUACUCCUGCAUCUUCAUUUUUUUCUCCAUCUCUUUCAUCUUUUAAACCUCUUCUUAACUAUCUUCUACUUCCUCCUGCAUAUCAUUUACUUUCUCCAUCUCUUCCUACUUCUAUACGACUUCUUAACUCGCUUUCUAUUCCACCUAUUCUUCUCCCUGUUUUUCUUCUUCCACUUCUUCUUUCUCAUCCUCACAUUUAUCUACUUCCUCCUACAUCUUACUAUCUUUCUUCAUCUCUUAAUUCUUCUGAACCUCUGCUUAAUUAG